UGAACUUUAAACCUCCGAAACCCGUCCGUUUUUUCGUCGUUUUUCCUCCACUCUGUUUUCUCUGCUCUCUUCUCCUGCUUCGUGAUCACUGCUGUGCACUUGGAACCCUAACUCAUCCUGACAUUUUAGCAUGUUUUCUUGAUGGUUGGCGACAUAUUUCACGAAUUCUAGCUCAAAUAAUACUCACCGAUCUCAUUUCUUAGCACUGAAAUCGAGAGAGGAGAGUAGUUGCAGCUUGGAAAUGAACUCUGAAAGUGCAGUUUAUAGUCAACUCAACUGAAACUUACUCGUCUUCGUCGUAUUUCCGAGUGGAAACCGAACGAAGAGAGCCCAAAUUUGGAGAAAUUUAGGGGUUUGUAGCAAUGUCUGUGGUUACUGAGUCUCAACCCUUGAACAGAACAGAUUCUGAAGUCCAAUCGGUUCUCAGACCAGCGGGAAACAGUGUUAGGGUUUCAAAGUCACUAGAAUCGAAACAGAAAAACGAUGUUCAGAAGAAACCGCAACAGAUGAGAGGGCCGGUUAGUCGGUCUUCGGAAUCCAUUCACCGACGUAAUUUUUCUGUUGACAGUUCGUGCUCCUCGGAUUCUUCUCGCGGGCUUUCUUCUAUGAAAAUGUCGAGUUUCGGAAGGAGAAUGAAGCCCAACGGUUUGAAAUCUGUUAAGGUGGUUCCCGACGGAGUUGAGGUUCCUUCCCUGUCAACACCAGUUAAGCUGAAUCGGUGCGAUUGGAUCACUUCGAACACUGACCCAAUUUAUAUUUCAUUCCAUGACGAGGAAUGGGGAGUUCCAGUUCAUGAUGACCGGAAACUAUUUGAGAUGCUUGUUUUAUCUGAAGCAUUGGCUGAACUCAGCUGGCCAACUAUUCUUAACAAGAGAGACAUAUUCAGGAAAGUUUUUGACAAUUUUGACCCCACAUCUGUUGCAAAUUUCACUGAGAAGAAGAUCCUGGCUCUAAAAGCAACUGGAAGCACCUUGCUAUCAGAACCAAAACUUCGUGCAGUUGUGGAGAAUGCUAGGCAGAUGAUUAAGAUUCAACAGGAAUUUGGUUCAUUUGCAAGCUAUUGCUGGAGCUUUGUGAAUAAUAAACCAAUCAAAAAUGGAUUCCGUUAUGUGCGUAAAGUACCAGUUAAGACACCUAAAUCUGAGGCAAUGAGCAAAGAUCUGAUGCGAAGAGGUUUUCGUUGUGUAGGGCCGACGGUUAUUUAUUCAUUCAUGCAGGUGUCUGGAAUUGUUAAUGACCACCUCAUAACCUGCUUCCGUUACCAAGAAUGCAAUUCAAAUAUCCAAACGGAUUUUAAAACCAAGAUUGAAAGCACAGAAGUACUAGCUGAAGACUUGGAGAAGACAUGCUUGUCUCACAUCUGAAUUCUCAAGGUGCCAUUCUUCUUGCAGCCUACUUAAACCGAGUGAUGAAUGGAAAAUGUAAAAUAUGUGAAGAUAAUGAGGUGAGUGUUGCUUUCGUGGAAAUGUUAUGUUAGCAUGCUUUCCUCUCUUGUGUAUCUUUGACCCCAGCUACAGAUAAUAGUAGUUUCAUAUGUAGUCAAAUUUCUUCCA